AUGUCGCUGAAGCUACCGCCUGUGAUUAUGGACAAUGGGACGGGUUAUACUAAACUCGGCUUUGCUGGCAACAAUGCCCCGUCCUUUGUCUUCCCGACUGUAGUCGCCACUCGCGAUUCUCCCUCCGGCCACGCCACUGGACCUUCUAUUCCAUCCAAACCCUCUCACCUUUCCUCAAAUAUUGCUUCCAAACGGGGUAUCGAAGAUCUUGAUUUCCAUAUUGGCGACGAGGCUAUAGCCAACAGUAAGACGUAUGGAUUGCAUUAUCCAAUAAGACAUGGACAGAUUGAAAAUUGGGAUCAUAUGGAGAGGUUUUGGGAGCAGAGCAUCUUUAAGUAUCUAAGAUGUGAGCCGGAAGAUCAUUAUUUCUUGUUGACAGAACCUCCACUAAAUGCACCAGAAAAUCGCGAACAAACGGCUGAAAUUAUGUUCGAGUCAUUCAACAUCCAAGGUUUAUAUAUUGCUGUUCAGGCCGUCUUAGCCUUGGCUGCUAGUUGGUCGUCGAACAAGACAAGCGACUACGUGUUGACGGGGACUGUCAUUGAUAGCGGAGAUGGUGUUACGCAUGUUAUACCAGUGGCAGAAGGUUACGUGAUCGGAUCGUCAUUAAAGCACAUUCCAAUUGCCGGACGUGACCUUACAUACUUUGUCCAGCAACUCCUCCGCGAUCACAAUGAAACGUCCAUCCCUCCUGAGGAUUCACUCAAAGUUGCUGAGAAAAUUAAAGAACAGUAUUCAUACGUGUGUCCCGAUAUUGUUAAGGAAUUUAAGAAAUAUGACCAGGAGCCAGACAAAUAUUUUACAAAAUAUCAGGGCGUGCAUAGUGUUACCGGAAAGCCUUAUGAAGUAGAUGUCGGCUUUGAACGUUUCCUUGGACCGGAAAUUUUCUUUAAUCCAGAAAUUGCUUCAUCUGAUUUUCUAACGCCUAUACCUGACGUAAUUGAUAACGUCAUUCAAUCUUGUCCAAUCGACACUCGACGUGGUUUGUACAAGAAUAUCGUACUUUCUGGCGGAUCAACAAUGUUCAAAGAUUUUGGUAAAAGGCUUCAGAGAGAUAUCAAGAGGGUUGUUGACGCGAGAAUAAAGAGAAGUGAAGAGCUUAGUGGUGGGUUGUUGAAGUCCACCCCAAUUGAUGUAAACGUCAUUUCACACAAGAAACAGCGGUAUGCAGUGUGGUUUGGAGGAUCGUUGCUGGGAUCAACGAGUAUGAAGAAUAUGGGCCAAGUAUCUGUCGGCAUAAUCGUGUGUUCGGCAGUCUCACUUCGUAACAUGGUUGCUUCUGGAGAUGAUAAAUUAUUAUAA